AUGGCAACACUCGCAGAGCAUCCUAUGCAACCCUCCGCCUCCCCUAUGCCCAUGAUGACCGGCAGUUACGAUCAGGAUCUCGACUCCUUCAUUAACAUGGAUCAACUCACCUACACAAAUGACCCCGCCCGCUCUAAGAUUGCCAUGACCAGCCAACCUUCGGUCGCAAGUACCGAAUUCAGCGCUAGUGAUGCCCGCAGUGCCAGCUUCGCAUCAAGUGGACAGUCCCCCCUCGCUUUCCAAGCUCCUAGUCACCAGUACGAUGAGCACAGACAACAGACUGGUCUGCCGCCCGGUGCGCUUUCCAUGACCUACAGCCAGGUCCCGAUGGGAUUCAGCAACAGCCAGGGAUUCCCUAUGAACGGUGAUGUGUAUGCUGGUCAUCACAUGAAGCGUGAGGAGGCACCAUUCGAUUUUAACGCCGCACCGGGCCGGAACCCGUCGGAGAUGGAUAUCGAAUCCGACAACAUGAACUCUUCGCCCUACUUCUACCAGGCUCAACCCAGCAACAAGAACCAAUACAUUGACCCUAGCGCUAUCGGCGGCCAGGAGCUGGCUCAGGCUGGUCCGUCGACGCAGGUCGGUCGCAUGUACCCUGGUAUGCACCAGCAGGCCGCCAUGGCCAAGGCCCAGCAACAAAAGCAGAGCGAGAUGGUCCGUCACCAGAUGCAACAGCGCCCGGAACAAGUUCCCGCUGCCAUGCCCCAGGUUCGCGGUCCCCGCAACCCCGACCCUGUCGUCGAGGAGCGCAUCUCUCGCCUGCUCCAGCAGAUGCGGGCCAACGCCAUGGCAAACGGCGAGGGCUCCCCCACUCCAUCUAACGGCAUGCCUCAGAUGGCUAAGGCCCGCAAGGAUGAAGCCGAUAUGGAUGAGGACGAGCGUCUCCUUGCUAGUGAAGAAGGCAAGAAGCUCAGCAGCAAGGAGCGUCGUCAACUGCGGAACAAAGUUUCUGCUCGCGCUUUCCGAUCUCGCCGCAAGGAAUACAUCGGUCAGCUCGAAAGCGAGGUGGCUGCCCGCACCAACGAGGCCCACGAAGUCCGUCUCCAGAACCGCGCUCUCUAUGAAGAGAAUGCUCGCCUAAAUGACCUGGCCCGCAUGCUCCUCGGAUCUCCCCACUUCUCCUCUUUCCUCAACGACAUGGGCGACACCCUGCCCGCUCUUCCCCAGCAAUCUCAGCAACCCCAGCAACAGCAACAACCUCAGCAGGCCAAGCCCCAGCCCCAGCCUACCAUGCAGGCUAUGCCUCAAGAGGCCAACCGCGGCCAGGAGUACCAGAUGCAGCAGAACCCCCAGACCAACAUGGUCAUGGUCCCCAACCAGGGUAUGGAUCCUAACAUGGGUAUGAACAACGCUGGCUGGAACUCUGGCAUCGACAUGAACUUUGGCAACGCCUCCGUCUUCGCCGUCAUGGAAGUCCCCGAGGGCCCUGCUCUCGACGCCGAGGUUCUCUCCGGCAAAUCUUCUUCCAUCGACGUUUCCGAGAACUCUAAGAACGAUGCCCCCGUUGUUGGUCGUCCCACUUCCGACUCGCCCCAGUCUGACAUUGGUGUCGCCAACCCCGAUGUCGAGAUUGACGAGUCUGACCCUGCCUUCGCUCUCUUCGUCGAUUCUCCUGCGCCUGCUUCCUCCAAUGCUGACUUGACCUUCGAGGGUGUGCCCAGCGAGAAGGCCUCUCAGUUCGAACUGGUUGUCGACAACUCUGAUGUCAGCACCGCAGCCAAGAGACGCUUCGACUCCCUCUGCCUCAGCAUUGACGCCGCCUUCGAGCGUGUCUCCGCUUUCACUUCCCACCUCCAGUGA